AGGAUAAUGGGAAACUAUAGGGGAGACAUAACGGAAAGAACAAACUAACCAACAUACAGCUAUGAUAAUUCAAACGUAUCGAAUCCGAUUUUUAUAAUCUUACCUUAAUUCAUCAUGAACCGCUCCCUCUCCGUCCGCUCCAACAAAGGCGGCGCACCAGGCACCCCCGCAACACCCUCCUCACGCCGCAAAGGUUUCUCCUUCGCCUCGCUCCGCGGCUCCAUCCAACCCGAGCUCUCGCGUCGUCUAUACCAACUCAUCAAAUCGACCAACAACCUAAUCUCAUCCCACGAAACCGCGGGCCGCGAGCGCGAAGCCAUCGCCAAGCAACUAUCCGAAUGGGGUGAGCAGACCGGCGACGACGCGGUAUCCGACAUAAGCGACAAAGUCGGAGUCGUGUUAUCUGAACUAGGAGCACAGGAGGAGGCGUACGCGCAUGGAUUGGAUGAGGCGCGUGGUGUGUUGAAGAUGGUGAGGAAUACGGAGAAGAGUGUUCAGCCUAGUCGUGAUGCGAAGGGGAAGAUUGCGGAUGAGAUUCAGAGGUUGAAGUUGAAGGAGCCGCAGAGUACUAGGUUGGUUAUUCUUGAGCAGGAAUUGGUUAGGGCUGAGGCGGAGAAUUUGGUUGCUGAGGCGCAGUUGACGAAUAUUACUCGCAACAAGUUGAAAGAAGCCUACGACAUCGAAUUCGCCGCUGUAAUCGAGCGCGCUGAGAAGCAAAUCAUCCUCGCCAAGCAUGGGCGCCGUCUUCUAGAACUCCUAGACGAUUCACCCGUCACGCCCGGUGAUUCACGGCGCGCAUAUGAGAAUGGACCUGCUGCAAGACAGGUCCUGAAUGAUGCCGAAGACGACCUCAAGAGCUGGGAGAAGAAUAUUGACGGCUAUGACUCGGAUCCGGCUGGUGAUGAUGUUGGCAUCGCCGUUGGUGGUGAUGGUACUACUGGCGGCGGUAGAGAUGGAAGAGGUGAGACAUCCGUAAUGACUGGUGGUGCUGGUCGUGCAUCUGCUGACGGCGAUGGUCGUGAUGCAGGUGCUGCCGCUACUGAGCUACCUUACGUGAGCCCAACGCCGACUUCGAGUUUUGAUGAGAAUGAAACGAGAAGGGUCUGAAUUAAUGUGGUAUAAUAUUAUUUCGAGUCGUCGGAAUUAAAAUGAGUCUUGACCGAAAGUCUUGUGUAUGAAGAAAAGGGGCGCAUAUUUAGUUUU